AUGAUGACUUUCGUUGCUUCACCUACUAAAUAUACUCACCCUGCACUUUUCACUGGUCUGACUUCACCUCCCAUGACUCCUAUUACUUCGUCCCACACGAACCAUCAGCAUAAUGCUUUCACUUAUAAACCUCAACCACCUACUCCUUCUUAUGCGAUGCUUCGAUCUCAUCAUGCCUACGCAUUGAAGUAUGUCAUUGCUAGACUUCGAUGGGAUCAAGUAAACAAUCUUUAUAUAGUUGGUCAAGACGCAGAUUGGAAUCAUGAUCAAAUGAUUCACAAACUUGAAAAAGAAUUGAAUGAUGUGCAAGAAGCGCAAAAAGGAUUAGAUAAAUUCCCCAAUUGUUUCGCACCUAUAUCAUUCCCCAAACCACAUGGACCCAGGACUGAACAAGAAGACACUGAGAUCAACAAGGUCGAAUUCGAAAGGGAAAAAUUGAUUAAACAGAAAAUGGAAGAACAAUUCCCUUUCUUGAAACAAUUGUUUAUUGGUCCAAUGACAAAACAACAAGCUAGAAAUGAUCACAUCUUGAGAGAAAAUCUGAAAGAAGGCGAUAUAGAAGAUUUAUCAUUAUUGUUACCAAGUGAAAAUAUGAGACAGUUCAUUCAGAUGCAACAGAAGAGAGCUCAUCCUCAUCCUCAUGGCCCUCCAGGUCAACCUAGAAAAUCAUACGAACAACAAAGAUACGAAAAAGAAAAACUCAAAAUCGCUGCUUAUCUAGAGACUGUUCCCAAGAAGAACCCUUCUGAUGAACAGAAAAAGAAAAUGAUCGGACCCUUGACAAAAGAAGAAUGGAUAGCGACUUUACCUCUUUACGGUCCUCAAACUUGGCAAGAAGCCAUGUUACCCAAACAGAGACAACAGAGACAUGAUAUCAUCAGAUGGUUACAGAAACCUUGGGGUGCAUAUAACGAUCAAGCGGCCAAAUCCAUGGAAACCUUGGCUGAAAUAGCCAGGAAGUCCCUGGAGGAGGAAAGAAUCUCGAGAGAAAAGUAUGAGAAAAGGAAAGAAGAGGUGAAAAAGCUGGAACUACAAAAAGCGGUCGAAGCUAAAAAGGCGGAAGAAGCGAAGAAGGAGGACAAGGAGCAGAAGGAGGGCAAGAAGGAGAAGGAGCAGAAGGAGGAGAAGGACGCAAAGAAGGAGGAAGAUAUACAGGACGGACAGGAGAAAAAGAAUGAGAAGGCCGCAGAUGAGGAGGGCAAGAAGGAGGAUAUAGAAGUGGAGGGCUUGAACGUUGAGGCCAAGACUAAAAAGAGUAAAUGA